UACGCUCUGCUGACCUUUGAAUAGAAGUGCUCUGCAGGUUGUCUGGUUCCGCCUGUGGUGCGAGAUUCAUCGCCAUCUCAAGAGAAGCAGCACCGGUCUCUGUUCGGCGUGCUGCCCGAACAAAAAUCGGCGUCAAUACACACUCAACGGCUCAGCAGAGCGGAGGCAGACCACCCUUGGUUGAAGGACGGGGCAGCGAGUGAGAGACGUUGAGAGAGACACCCAGGGGCGGGGGCGUGCUCAUGUGGAGGAAAUGGGGCGUCGUCCCCCUCAUCCUCGCUGCUGCUUUGAUGGUGGCUGUACAAGGAGAUGAAGCAGUCAAACCCGACCCCGCAAGGGCAUACGCGCACUUCGUGCAAGCAAACACGUACUACACCGACCAGGAGCUUGAACGGGCGGUGGAAGAGUACAAGACGGCCCUCAAGUUCGACCCCUUACACGCGGACACCAUGUGCAACCUCGGCAGCGCUCUUCAGGACCUGGGUGACUAUCCGCUAUCAAGGCACUACUACUCCAAGGCGGUGCAGGCUAACCCCUACCACGCCGUGGCGCACUUCAAUCUGGGUCUGCUACUGCACGAUGAGGACAUUGACACGGCCAUCGAACACUAUCAGAGUGCCGUUGAGAUGGACCCGGCUAUGGCGGACGCUUGGAGCAACCUCGGCAGCGCGUACCACCGCGAGGACGACCUGGAAGAUGCCCUAGGGUGUUACCAGGAGGCCAUCAGACUUUACGAGACGGAGGAGGCCUACGAGGGGCUGCCGUUCACCGACGAUGUCCUCGCUACGCUUAACUACCACGUCUCGAUAAUCCUGGGAAGACUGCCCGACGGGCGCUGCCUGCAGGGGGGCUGCUUGUCGCAGAGGAUGGAGAUUCUCCGGAGAUGUCUCAGGCACGACCCGGAGCACGCUCUGUGCAAGCACAACCUGGAGAGCGCCCUGGGGGACUCGAGCAUGACGAAGGCGUCUCCGGAGUAUGUGAAGGCUCUGUUCGACUACUACGCGGUUUCUUUCGACGAGAGCCUCAAGGGCCUCGACUACUCCUCCCCGGAGGCGCUGCGGGAGGUGCUGGGGGGCUUGAGGCCGCGCUACAAGGAGGUCUUCGACGCGGGGUGCGGUACGGGUCUUUUGGGACCUUUGUUCCGAGACAUCACAGAUACCCUUAUCGGGGUAGACCUGAGCGAGGGGAUGCUCGAAGCCGCGUUGGAUAGAGAUGUGUACGACGCGCUGGCUGUCGGGGAGAUGGGGGAGAUUCUGCGAAUGCGGGCUGGCGAGGGAGUGCGGGGCGACCUUGUGGUGGCGGCGGAUGUACUGGUGUACAUCGGGGAGUUGGAAGACAUUUUUGGAUCGUCAAGGGAGUACCUCGGUGACGGAGGCAUUCUGGCGUUCACGUGCGAGCUCAUCGCUCCGCAAGACUGCGACGAGGCGAAGGGUUGCAAGGGGUGGCAGCUGUUGCCGUCGGGCAGGUUUGCCCACACCAAAGGGUACUUGCACCAGCUGGCCGAGAGGUUCGGGUUUGACGUGGCACACUACCGAGAGAUGUCGCCGAGAAAAGAGGCAGGGUCACCGGUACAGGGCCAGCUCAUCGCGCUGGUCAAGCGGGGGGAGGGUCAACAACGCCAGCCAGCACAAGAGGAAGAGCAAGAAGACACCUCCUCAGAGCUGUAGAUCGCUUUGGCUCAAGGUUUGACACAUAGCGGGAUGCCGCAGCUGAGGGCUAAGAGGCAGGCGCUUGUUGCCUUGCAUCAAAUGUUGGCUUUUUCUCGAGGAAGGUGGACUGAACUAGAGUACAAGAAAUUACCCCCCGAAACUUACCAGUUGUAGAGAAUGAGUGCGCUCGUCUGUGGGAGAACUGAGACUCCGGGGAAGGGUGCAAUAGGCGAGCCUUGGCCCUUGCCCGUGUUUCGGACGUGGCCACACUACCCCACCUUGGUCCUCCCCGUUCCAACCUUGGUCACGGCAAAGAAAAAGCCGAACACAGUUCGGGGGCGGACAUUGAACGGCGAUUUUGCCCUUACGACAGGCCUUCGGCUGAACUUGACACCCGACGGCAUAACCCGGGUUUUUCGUCCCGUGACUGUCACGCUUUUGACCUGUCGGGCUUGAGCAGACUGCCGAUGGUUAUGCGCCGAAAGGUUUUGCGAGAGCGAUGGUGCUUCGGGCGUGCCGGCCACACACCGCCCCAGUCGACUCGGCAUCUUGUGUUGUUGGUCGUCCGGUGGUUUGGCCGUCGUGACUCGGAGGAUUUAGCGCUUCCUCGCGGCCUUGUCCUACCAGUAGUGACCGAUGCUGCGUUCUCCUUUGGAAGCUUUUGCGUGGGUGGUGGUCCGCCUUUGAUGCCGCCCGUGACGCCUUUUUCGGAGGUGUGCCGUCAAGCAUAGUGUCCUGUGCAAAAUAAGGCUCGUGAAACGGAGCGCGGGACAUCGAUCUGGAGGAGGCCUUGUCCCCUCGACGUUUUCCGAACAGCCGUGCAACGGUGUUGGGAGCGAGGAAGAUAAUCAAUACGGAGGCCUUGCACACGA